AGCAAUUAUCCAAGAUACCUUAAACUCUUCGAUCUGUUAGCUUCUUGACGGGGUUCAACGCCGAUUAUAAUAUCUUGACGGACACUCACAUACAAAACUUGUCUUAUACAUUGAUUCGGGGGUUUCAUGGCUACAAAAUGUUACUCGUUACACAGCAGACGCGAUUGCGACAGCCUAAGCUUUCCCCCACCAACAACCUACGAUAGACCCCCGAGCUCAUCGAAGACAUUAAUCGAACUCCAUAAACAAUAUGUAUCAAAACAGACAGCCGGCGUAUGCGCCUACACCUCACAGUUAUAUACCGAACACAGCAUUAUCCGCAACCAUAAAUUUGGAUGAGGAAGUGAAGCUCGCCGAGUCUAGAGCAGAGCGCGACCUGCAAGACUCACUUGCAGAAGUGUUCAGUAUCAUAAUCACUUUAGAUCAACUCGAAAGAGCCUAUCUUAAGGAUGCGAUUCCAGAAUCAGAUUACACUGAGACUUGCGACCGAUUAUUGAAGCAAUACAAAGCUAUAUUAGCAGACGAAAGUGUAGCUAGGGAGUUUGUGGAUUUAGAGACUUUCAAGAGUGAAUGGGAUAUAGAUGUCCCUAGAGCCACGGAAAGACUUCGAAUUGGAUUACCUAGCACCGUUACUGCACCAUCACAUAAUGCCUCCACUUCAAACAACAGCGCUACUAACGGAACGUUAAUUCUCGAAGCGACACAAGAUUUUAUAACAUUUUUGGAUGCACUUAAAUUGGGAUUGUUGGCGAAGGAUCAACUACAUCCGCUAUUGUCAGAUGUCAUACAAAGUGUAAAUAAGGUUACGGACAAAGACUUUGAGGGCAGGGGGAAGAUUGUUCAGUGGCUCAUUGCUUUGAAUCAAAUGAGGGCAACGGAUGAGGUCAGUGAGGAUAAAGCGCGAGAAUUGGAACUGGACAUGAAUUCGGCAUAUCAAGGAUUUAAGGCGACCUUAGCUUAGAAGUCUGCCAGGUUGUCACAGGAGUCAUCGGUGUAAAGGCUAAUUACCAAGCGAUAUCUAUUUUGCGUAUA